GCAGCGGGCGUCGGAGCGGGCGGGCGGGACCGGCGCGGAUGUGGCGAGGCUGCUGAAGGCAGGUUCCGCGGUAUGGCGGGGACGGCGUUGAAGAGGCUGAUGGCCGAAUAUAAGCAAUUAACCCUGAAUCCUCCAGAAGGAAUUGUGGCAGGCCCCAUGAAUGAAGAGAAUUUUUUUGAAUGGGAGGCAUUGAUCAUGGGCCCUGAAGACACUUGCUUUGAGUUUGGUGUUUUCCCCGCCAUCCUGAGUUUCCCACUUGACUACCCUUUGAGCCCUCCGAAAAUGAGAUUCACCUGUGAGAUGUUCCAUCCCAACAUCUACCCUGACGGAAGAGUGUGCAUCUCCAUCCUGCAUGCCCCAGGGGACGACCCCAUGGGCUAUGAGAGCAGUGCCGAGCGGUGGAGCCCAGUGCAGAGUGUGGAGAAGAUCCUGCUUUCGGUGGUGAGCAUGCUGGCAGAGCCCAAUGAUGAGAGUGGAGCAAACGUAGACGCUUCCAAGAUGUGGCGGGACGACCGUGAGCAGUUCUACAAGAUUGCCAAGCAGAUCGUACAGAAGUCUCUGGGGCUCUGAGGCUACAGCCGUGUGCACACUGAGCAGUCCAGUGCUGUCCUGAAGACCACGUGGCGACAUGCUGCCAUGCCAACACCAACACAGGCAGCUGCAGAGCCUCGGCCCCCAUUGUUUCUUCCUUUCCACCCCAGACAGGCAGCUCCCCUGAGAUCAUGACUGGGAUAAUGACAGCUACUGCACUGCAAAAGACUCCUCCUGCUGCGCCUCAGGGAGGGUCCAGGCUGUCCUCACUACCUCUCCCAGCCAUGGGUCCUCAACUCUGCUCCUUCUGAGGACAUGGGGCCUUGGAAGAAGCAGUGCAGGCCUGUUGUCCCUGCCUCUCAGUUCCCAGGUGUCCCAGGAAGCAUUGCGAGCUUCCUCUGACACUUUGCACUUAGAAGCCUAGGUUGCCUUUGGUAUGGUGACAGAGGCUUGCUGUGUGCAUCACGGAUGUCACCGUAGCCCCUUCCGGGGGAUGCUUUGUAAAUGGGUUCAUGAGGAGAGGGGACAUGGGUCAGCAAGCCUGCUGCUUUUUCUGGUCACAUCCCUGUCUGAGUUACUGGUGCACACUAGAGCCGGCGGGACUGCCAGAGCUUUGGUGUGGGUCUCACCCGGGGCGCACCAGGGUUAGCUCUUGGGUCAAAUUGCUCCUCGCUGUCAGGGUUGGAAGGGAAUCUGCCACUAGGUGCUCAGCAGGGCCCUCUGGGCUGGACGGGCUGGGAAGCUGCUGUGGUACGGGCCGGGUGGAGGGCGGCUGACGGCAGGACAGACCCCACAGCAAUAAUGGAUGUGGAGUGUGAGCGGAUGCUCGGCCUUUUCUGAACAGGCUCCAUUUAAACACGAGUUCUAUUUUUACAUGCAGCUUAUCUGGGGUGUGCAGCAGCUCUCACUGCGCACUGUCUGCUUCUGUCCCGUGCCCACAUGUCAGUGGCCAGCGUGCAUGUCCCAUGGUGUCACGAGUCCCCAGCUAUGGGGCUCCAGGCGGGCACCUGUGGGGGCCUGUGCUUUCCUUCUCCCAGGGGAGUCGGUCUGUUUGAAAGGCAAGAGUCUGGUGUUGGUAGGUGCAGGAGGAGGGGAUUGUACCGAAAUAGUAUUGUAGGCCACUGAGAUGAAGCCCUCUCUGUGAGAAGCGGUCUGUGUGGGGAGAUGCCCAUGCAGAGCGGCCACAGGGCAUGUUGCCAUCCUCAGCCCUUCCUGGCAAGCAAGCGGGGGAGGAAGAGAGGAGAGGCGGUCUCUGUACAAAACAAAGUAUUUUUAUUCAUUUGUAUUUAUUAAAUGAAAAAAAAAAGAAUUCUCUGGUGUCCCUCUUCUGAGGUGGACUUUAAAUGCUGUUAAAUAAAAUUGUGUACCUGUC